AUGGAGGAAGAUUUCCUCAAGCUGGAGCAGGGCUUUGGGGCAGUCAGAGCCUACACAGAAAUGUUUAUUGAAUUCUCCAGGUUUGUUGAACAUUAUAUUGCUACUGAAGCAAGGAAAGUGGAGAGGUAUAUUUGGGGACUUAAGCCCUCAAUAAGAGAAUUGGUAAUUGCUAUGAAUCCUACCACUUUUCCUGCAGCAGUUGAUGCUGUAGAGGUUACUGAAAGGAAUAAGAAUAUGAGUGAGGAAGGGAAGGUUGUAGAAAAGAGGAAAUGGGAGGGAUCCUCAACUGGCUACAGAGGAUCAAAGGCUGCUAAAUUCUAUAAGAAAUCAAUGCAGAGGCAGAUGGAGAGAGCCUGCCCAAGAUGCAAACAGGUUCAUCAAUGUAGCUGUAGACCUGAACCAUUGAAAUGUUUUAACUGUGGAGAAAUUGGGCACACCUCAACCUACUAUAGGCAAAUCAGAAGGUGUUUCCAUUGUAAUUCACCAGACCAUGUUAAAGACAAGUGUCCACAGCUGAAACCACCACAACUAACUUCAGGAAACAAUGCUCCAAACAACAGUGGAAGGCCUGGUGUUAAUAGGGGAGGAUUUGGUAAAGCUCAAGGCAGAUCCUUCCAAAUGACUGAAACUGAGGAAGAAGCUGCACCAGAUGUGGUAACAGGUACUUUUUCAAUCAACUCAGUAUGUGCUAAGGUGCUUUUUGAUUCAGGUGCAAAUUUUUUAUUUGUAUCUCCUUUAUUUGCUAAAAGUGCCUGCAUGAUCCCAAUAUUACUUGAUAAAAAGCUGAUAGUUGAGACUGCAAACAAUCAAGAAACUAUAGCUUCUGUAUACCAAGAUUAUGCCAUCAUUAUUGAUGGUUGUAAGCUACCCAUCCGUUUGUUCCCUAUGCCUAUGAAGGAAUUUGAUGUAGUGGUGGGGAUGGACUGGUUAGCCAGUAACCAGGCAUCCAUUUUUUGCAACCAAAAGAGAGUGAAAAUAGAGCUUCCAGGCAAAGGAACAGUCAUAAUAAAGGGUGAUCACCAGGAUCAUCAUCCCAGUCUUCUAUCAGUAUCACAGGCUUGCAUUUGUAUGAAAAAGAAGUGCCAAGGAUUCUUGGCCUAUGUGAUUGUGACAAUUCGUCACUUUGACUUCAAGUUAGUACCUCAUUUCAAGAUUUUUAUUUAG